ACAAUAUGAAUGGGCCUAGACUAGUUUCCGUACAUCACAUGACACGUGUUUUAUGUGCAUUUGUAUUUCUCCACCUGUCCAUCUGUACCACGUGAUGAACAGCCAGGCACCAAAACGACCGACGGGGAUCAAAUAGAGGAAAAGUAUUUCAACUUUUUAAGCCAGGUUUGUGAUGGCGUCCCUUGGUAACGCUGGUGCCACAUCGAGUCCAAUGGUCAUGCUGGCCCCAAAAACCAAGACGAAAAAGAAACACUUCGUGCAGCAGAAGGUGAAAGUAUUUCGAGCGAGCGACCCAGUUCUUAGCGUCUUCAUGUGGGGAGUAAACCACUCGAUUAAUGAUUUAAAUCAGGUACCUAUUCCUGUCAUGCUGUUGCCCGAUGACUUCAAAGCCAACACUAAGAUUAAAGUCAACAAUCACCUCUUCAACAAAGAAAAUCUCCCAGGACAUUUCAAGUUCAAGGAAUACUGUCCCCAAGUGUUCCGCAACCUCAGAGAGCGUUUUGGAAUUGAGGAUUUGGAUUAUCAGGUCUCUCUUGCACGUAGCCCGCCUGUACGUGGAGGGGAAAGUCAAGGAGAGGGUCUACUGCUGACCUCAUAUGACCGCACACUGGUGGUCAAGCAAAUCUCCAGUGAGGAUGUUGCUGAUAUUCACAACAUCUUGUCAGAAUACCAUCAGCACAUCGUCAAAUGCCAUGGCAGUACCCUUCUACCCCAGUUCCUGGGCAUGUACCGUGUAAGUGUGGAAAGUGAAGACUCCUACCUGAUCGUCAUGAGAAACAUGUUCAGCCACAGACUCCUAGUGCACCGGAAGUACGACUUGAAAGGCUCUCUGGUAUCCCGAGAAGCAAGUGACAAAGAAAAGGUGAAAGAGUUGCCCACGUACAAAGAUGUAGACUUCAGAAACAACAUGCAGAAGGUCUACGUGGAUGAAGAAGAGAAAGAAAGUUUCAUGGAGAAACUGAACAGAGACGUAGAGUUCCUGGUGAGGCUGAAGAUCAUGGACUAUAGUCUGCUCCUAGGCAUCCAUGAUGUGACUCGGGCUGAGCGGGACGAGGAAGAAGCCGAGGAGCCUGGCUGUGAGGACGAGGCCGAUCCCGACAACGGCCUAGCGCCCGCACCACUGGUCGGCUCCUAUGGGACCUCACCUGAGGGCAUUGCGGGCUACAUGAACUCCUUCAAGCCCCUUGGCCCUGGCGAAUUUGAUCCCUACGUGGAUGUAUAUGCUGUCAAAAGCGCCCCAGGAGCACCACAGAAGGAGGUGUACUUCAUGGGUUUAAUCGAUGUGUUGACACAGUAUGACGCCAAGAAAAAAGCUGCACAUGCAGCAAAGACUGUAAAACAUGGGGCUGGUGCUGAAAUAUCUACUGUUCAUCCAGAGCAGUAUGCAAAGAGAUUCCGCGACUUCAUCACUAACAUUUUUGCAUAGUGGCACUGUUCAACUGGAUGUACAUGUACUUUACCAGAAUAAGAUAAUUUAAAUAGUGAUUUUAAAAAUUAGGUCAUUUAUACAUACUCAUACAGUAUACAUGACAAUAUAUCAAUGUCUGGUGCAGAGUAAGGUGAGGCAUCACAAUCGUUUCCCCAUGCUGCACAUGGGCAAAGAGGGAGGAUUUUGUAAUCAGGACCUGAAGUGGCCUACUAUCAGCCUCAUAUCUGAGCUUUAGUAGUACAUAUAGAGUUCAUGGGAUGAAGAGGUAGAGCCCACAGUAUAGCAGGGUAUUCUAGAGUAGGUAAUCGUCAGGUGCACUGCACAGUAAAGGGCUUGUAGUGUGGUUUGAACUGUUUUUACUCUGCGUAUUCUGGAGCUGCACUAGAAUGUAAUUUAACCUAGCUUUGAGUCUUAGGAGUCGUGCAUGGGUGCGUCAGAUACCGAGCAUAGACAAUAUACGAAAUACAACCUCUAGAUGCCUUUGGUGGUUUCUGGGAGUUUUUCGAGUCAGUAUUCAACUGCUGCUGAUAACCUGAAGCUCUCCUGAGUCUGCCAUGAUUCUAGUAGAGAACCGAAUAGUUCAACAAAAAUUGUUUAUUUUUUUUCCUUAAGUGCUGUCAAGGAUCUAGGGUACAAAAAGUAGAUAAAUACAUAGCUUUGAAGAAAUAAUUUAUAGCUGAUAUUGAUCAACUCUGGCAUACAAUAUGCCUCAUUGCAUUGUAUUUAUUUUGUUACCAGUGUUUGGACCAAAAGGUUUUUUUUUUUUCCAUAACCUUUUCUGCAUCAUUUUUAAUUGCCAUUUUUAAGAUGUACCUCAUUCCUUUGCAACUCAACAGUGCCAAUAUCAUGACAUGUGUCGUAGACAACUGCCCCAGGAUGCUUUGCAGGUUUCCUCUUGAUCUUCCCUCCUGCAAUAGUGGUCUACAGUUCCUGUAUGCCAAUGGGCGAACAUU